UUUAGAAACCUUUUGUUUAUUGUUUUAUUUUGUUUUUGUAUUUAUGGGCUCUAUACAUUCUACAAAAAUACAAAGGUUUCAUCGUCACUUCAGGUAUGGUGUCCAUCUAAUAGAGUGUGAGGUGGACGCGCGCGCUGCUCGCCCCAUGAGGAUAGCUGUGCACGCGCCACUCUCGUACCAAGUGUACCCACCACUCUCGUUCCAAGUGUACCCGCCACUGUCGUACCAAGUGUACCCUGCGAUCUCUCAAGCCCCGCCCUCGCCUACAGCUGACAAAUGCCAGAGGUUCCCAAGAGUGACAUCAGAGCCCUCUAGAAGACGCUUCUUCGUGGGUUUAGUUGCGAAGUUCUUGGAUUCUUUUUUCAACAACUUAACGUAGCAAAGGCAGGAAAAAUAAUGUGUCGUUUUCUAAAGUUUGUAAAGUGAGUGCUGCAUGAA